AUGAAUUCCGCCGAUUCCUCCGAAAGGCUUGCGACAUCAUUGACUGAUGUUAUAGGGCGAGCCAUUCGUGAAACUAAUCAAACUAUUACGAACUCUGUCGAGACACAUUUUAAAAGAUUAUCUGAUCCUCAUAGUGGCGAAAAUCCUAUUCUCCAUCGCGAUCUAAAGCCUUCUAAUGUACUCCGAGAUGCACAAGGAAAACUUCUGAUAGCUGACUUUGGUAUUAGUCGAAUAUUGAAAGAUGGAAGUAAGACAAGAGUAAGUAAUGCUAAAAAGGGAACUCCGUAUUGGAUUGCUCCUGAAUCAUUUUGUACAGAUAAAAAUCCGAUUGGCAAAGGAUGUUACAAAACAGAGUUGGAUGUAAUGACUGCAGGAAUGAUGCUACAGCUAAAACCGGAAGACAGACCAUCGGCCAACGAAGCGUUAAAACACCCUUAUCUACAAACCGAUGAGGUGAAUUUUGAUUUGCUAUGUGAUGUUGGGAAUGAACCAGAAAUCAAGACAUCAUCUCGACAUUCUCUUACCUCAGAUGUUCGUGAGCAGUUAAAUCUUUCAAUAGAUUGA